AUGAGCGCGGACGUCCCUGCUCCCCAGUUGGAGCAGUUCCAGGCCCCUGCAGCCUCUCUGGGGGGGGCGCAGGGUGGCGGGAGCGGAUGUCUCCGGUCACCCACGUGGGAGCGCCUUAGGGGGAGCGCACUUACCCUGGGCGCCGGAGGGGUCAUGAGUGUGGAGGUCCCUGCUCCCCAGUUGGAGCAGUUCCAGACCCCUGCAGCCUCUCUGGGGGGGGGGGGCGCAGGGUGGCGGGAGCGGAUGUCUCCGGUCACCCACGAAACUCGGGACUUCAGCCCACAGGUUUCAUUCAACCCUUUAUCCACAGUCUGGGUAAGAGAGUACUCAUUCUUUUUGGUCAUCCUGCAGUCACUGCACUGUCAUGGCCUCAGUCAGCAGGAGCACAAGGACUAUCUGCCUUCUCUCCUGGUCCUAAUGAUCCUUAACUUUUCCAAAGACUCAGAGAUGACAACUCUAGCAGUGUUACUGAUGGUGAUGAGUCCUUCCUUUGCUUUGGCCAGGGACACCUCAUCGCAUUUCUUGGAAAUGGUAAAGUUCGAGUGUUACUUCUCUAACGGGACAGAACGGGUGCGGCUCCUGGAGAGAUAUUUUUAUAAUGGAGCCGAGUAUGCGCACUUCGACAGCGACGUGGGGGACUACCUGGCGGUGAAUGAGCUGGGACUGCCAGACGCCAAGUACUGGAACUCACAGAAGGACCUCCUGGAGCAGAAGCGGGCCUACGUGGACACACUCUGCAGACACAACUAUGGGGUUUUCAAAGGUUUCGCGGUGCAGAGGAGAGUUCAGCCCAAGGUGACUAAAGUAUUUCCUACAAAGACUCAGCUUCUGCACCACCACUACCUCCUGGUCUGCUCUGUGAAUGGUUUCUACCCAGGUCACAUUGAAGUCAGGUGGUUCCGGAAUGGCCAGGAGCAGGAGGCCGGAGUGAUCUCCACAGGACUCAUCCGGAAUGGAGACUGGACCUUCCAGAUAAUGGUGAUGCUUGAAACAGUCCCUGAGAGUGGAGAUGUCUACAGGUGCCAAGUGGAGCACCCAAGCCUGUCAAGUCCCAUUUUAGAGGAAUGGAGUGAGCAGCUUUAUGAUUUCUAG